AAAAUAGACGUUGCCUUUGCUUUACUCUCUCUCUUCUCUUUCUUGUUGACGCUCUCUCAACCUCGCAGACACAGAGGCGCAGAUAUUCGCUUCACCUGAGCCUAUCAAUGGCUUCCUCGAGCCGUUAGCGCAAAAACCCAUGUCCCAAAACCUCUUCUUUUGCCGGGUUUUCUCGAGGAAGUGGUAGAAGCGAAACCUCGAGAAAUUCCGUCCUGUACAGUAGUUUCUUGGGGAGAGGUUGGAGAAAGCAAUCGAUAGGGAUGACAGAGCUGGAUCUGUCGAAGAAGGUCGCCGACAGGUACCUGAAGCGCGAGAAGCUCGGUGAAGGUACUUAUGGGGUCGUUUACAAGGCAAUCGACACCAAGACUGGACAGGUGGUGGCAAUAAAGAAGAUUCGGAUUGGGAAGCAAAAGGAAGGAGUAAAUUUUACUGCCCUUAGAGAAAUCAAGCUGCUUAAAGAGCUUAAAGAUCCUAAUAUCAUCGAGCUCAUUGAUGCCUUCCCUCACAAGGGCAACUUGCACCUCGUGUUUGAGUUCAUGGAAACUGAUCUUGAAGCCGUCAUUCGUGAUCGAAACAUAUUUCUUUCUCCUGCUGACAUUAAGUCCUACCUUCAAAUGACCCUUAAGGGGCUUGCAGUUUGCCAUAAGAAAUGGGUGUUGCACAGGGAUAUGAAGCCCAAUAAUUUGUUGAUAGGACCCAAUGGACAUCUGAAACUAGCUGAUUUUGGUUUGGCUCGAAUUUUCGGGAGUCCAGAACGAAGGUUCACUCCGCAGGUUUUUGCGCCGUGGUAUAGAGCACCUGAGCUCCUGUUUGGGGCCAAACAAUAUGGUCCUGCUGUGGAUGUUUGGGCUGCAGGUUGCAUAUUUGCAGAGCUACUCUUGCGAAGACCCUUUUUACAGGGGUCGAGCGAUAUCGAUCAACUGGGAAAAAUCUUUGCGGCUUUUGGGACUCCGACGUCUUCUCAAUGGCCUGAUUUAGUAUGCCUACCCGAUUAUGUGGAAUACCAGUAUGUUCCAGCACCCCUGUUGCGUUCACUGUUCCCGAUGGCAAGUGAUGAUGCUUUGGAUUUGCUAUCGAAGAUGUUCACAUACGACCCAAAAUCUAGAAUUUCGGUGCAACAGGCGCUAGAGCACAGGUAUUUUACAUCUGCACCUUUGCCCACCAACCCAGAAAAGCUUCCGCGACCUGUGCCAAAGCGGGAGUCUGUGAAUCCUAGAGUUUCUGAAAUAAGCUCGAGAGAGGGCCCCACUGUUCUAUCCCCUCCUAGGAAGUCAAGGAGGGUUAUGCCCGAGCGAGAAGGAACUGAAGGAAGUGCUUAUCAGAGCGAUAAAUAUGGUGAUCAUGGGAAUGAUAAACUGGGCCCAGAAGAUACCGGUGGUAGGAGCGACCAGGCUCCUAUGUCGCUAGAUUUUUCGAUUUUUGCGGCUAGACCCCCAAAUAGACCUACAAUUAACAGCGCGGACAGGACCCAUCUGAAAAGGAAGCUAGAUCUUGAAUUCCAACAUCCUGAUUAAUAGGGAUCAAUUAAUUUGUUAUAAUUAUGCAAAAGAUUCGCCGAUACUUCUAACGAACUAUCGGCACUGCUCACAUUUAUGAGGACACUUCCAUUCUUUAUGAAGCAGAAGGCAUUCGUCUUUUUUGGAUUGGAGUAUGGACUUGAAUAAUCGUGUACACACAGUGUGAAGCUAAGAGCUAAGCAGUGACUUCCUUUUCCAUAUUUUUGGUGACCUGCAAAACAAAUCGGCGGAAACCCAAAACUGUUUCCUAUAUCAUCUUGUCUGUCUUGUCAUUAUAGUAUCGAUGUUUGCAACUUAAUUGGCUCAACUUUUCCUUUCUUAGUACCAAUUAGGCUUCUAUAUAGUGUGAGCUAUGUUUCACAGCUUUCACUUUGAAAGGGAGACAAUGAGAUUGCUUAAUGACAUUCAAUGCCUUUGUUUCUUGACUGUACAUUAUGAGUGACUGCAAUGAAAAUUCGUUCUCUUAUUUGCC